CAGAGGUCGGUUUGGAUUUAGCACCUCGGGAGACGCUUCAUUGAGAAAAACAGAGAGUGGAGUUUUGUACGCGGAGAUGCAGGCGAUGUAGUCGGGACAAAUACGAUCGGAUUACAACAUUUGCGCUUUACAAACUUCACUCGAGAGUGGAGAUUUCUUAAACAUGGAUGGCUUUUAUGACCAGCAGGUUCCAUAUGGGGUUCCUGAGAGGAGAUGUCCCGCUGAAGAAGAUGGACGUUUGAACAGCCGAAAAAGGAAAUUUAUGGAGACAGAACUGGCUCAAGACACAGAAGACCUUUUCCAAGAUCUCUUCCAGCUUCAGGAGAUCUGGAUUGCUGAAGCCCAGUCCCCGGACGAUGAGCAGUUUGUCCCUGAUUUUCAGCCAAAUAAUGUGUCAGUGUCCGGUCCUGUGGUGCAGAGGGUGAAGAAAGAGCCCAGCCCGAGCUCACAGUCUCCCUGCAGGACGCCCCAUCGUGAUAUGUGCCUUUACCCCUACAGUGCCUCUUGUGAUGCCAAACCAGCCGGACUCAAAGCCCCGCCCCCUCUGCAGAGACAGGCUCACCCAUUGGCCGCCCAGCCUGUCCGCCACUGCCCUCAGACACUCCCCCCUCCUCCUCCACCUCCUCCUCACCACAGCCUCCCACAGAGCCAGAACCAGCCUUUUGUACUGCCCCACGGACCAGCGCCCCCCAGUGGAGCCUACAGCGCACAGCAACGGUUCCAGAGGCAGAUGUCAGACCCCAGCCUACAGUUCCUUCCCUCUGGCUCUUCUGGCUCCUCUGGCUCCUCUCGGCCACUGUAUCAGAGGCACCACUCGGAGCCCCUGGUUCAGCCCGGGGCCCCUCUGUUUAAACAGGAGCUGGUGGACCCCAUGUAUCCCACUCCUGUACCUGUACCCGGCCCCGCCCCACCUCAGCAGGGAUCAUACCCCCUCGUCUCCAUCAAACAGGAGCCCAGAGACCACGGCUUCGAUACAGAUGUCCAAAGCUGCCAAUCUUCAUUUGAUAAACCAACUCAUUUGUACCGGAAUAACCAGCACGGAUUCCCACACAGAGAGCCACAGAUGUACUACGACGACACGUGCGUUGUUCCCGACAGACUUGACGGUAAGCUGAAGUCUGAGGGUUUGCCGUAUCAGCGCCGCGGCUCUCUGCAGCUUUGGCAGUUCCUCCUGACUCUGCUGGAAAACCCAAACAACUCCCACCUCAUCGUGUGGACCGGGCGCAACAUGGAGUUUAAACUCAUCGACCCAGAAGAGGUGGCUCGUUUGUGGGGAGUUCAGAAGAAUCGUCCGGCCAUGAACUACGACAAACUGAGCCGAUCUCUGCGGUACUACUACGAGAAAGGAAUCAUGCAAAAGGUGGCUGGAGAGCGGUACGUGUAUAAGUUUGUGUGUAACCCGGAUGCCCUCUUCUCAAUGGCAUUCCCAGAAAACCCGCGUCAGAACCAGAUCAAACCGGAUCCGGACGCACCGCUUCCUGUUCCCGACGAGGAGGGCUUGGUGCUGCCCCCUUUUGAGGAAGAGGGACCCUACCUUCCCGACGUCACGGAGCAAUGCAUCAUGGAACUUCCUUACCCGGAGUCCUUUCCAUACCAGAGCAUAACAGACUCUUUUAACUAAACCCCUUUUUUAUUAUUAUUCACAUGUUAACAAGUUGUUCUAAAUUUACACAACUGCAAAAAUAUUUUCCCUAAUUUUUAUGUACAUUUUUGCUGGAUUCAGUCGUGAACACAUUUUGGGUUAAAUUGCCUUUUCUUGCCAGUACAAAACAGUAUUUUUAAAUAGUUCUGAUGCAAAAUACAAUCUCAGAUAAUGUUUAAAAGUAGCAUUUUAUACAAGGAAAUUACUGAGGUCUAAAUACAAAAUUUAACUUUUUGGUUUGUAACUCCUUUGUACAAAUUUGAGUGCAGUUAGCUGCUUGACAAUACAUGCAAUUUAAUUAUUAACUGAAAUUACUAUGAAAUACCAAAUUUUUGUUCAUUUUAAUUUAUGAAGGUCAAAUGCAUUUUUUAAUUUCCCAAAAUGGUUUCCAAAUUUACAGAUGACUCAAAUGUUUAUAUUGUAAUAUUUAAGUGAAUUGUCUCAGUUUUCAUAGCUCUUACUUUCAUUAUUUGUUCAAGUCAAAAAUGGUAAAUUGUCAGAAAUCUUUCAAGUACUUUGUUGUAUUUAAAAUUUUUUACACUCAAAUUUCCAUUUAAAUUUGUUUUGCCUAAAUUUUCAUGUGACGUGUUUAGAAGUUUUUUUUGUGUUCCAACUCUUGACCAAAAAUUUUAAAACCAUAUUGUUCAAGUAUUUCUAUCAUAAGGGACUUUUAAACUUGUAAAUUUUCAAAAAUGCCUGUUUCCUAUACUCGUUUUUUGACAGAAGUUAAUAUUUUUGGCCAAUGUUUCGCUCUAAAAUGUCUAAUUUCUUAGUUAAAAAGCUUUUGAUAUAAUUAUUUUGCUUCAUAGAUGUAUAAUUCUGUACGGAGUUCUAUUUUUGCUACAGCUUUGACCCUCUGAUGCUGUACUUGUGCCUUCUGUCCAACUUCACCUAAAGAAUAAACCAUUUUAAAUCACUAA